AGUCAAUAAACAUUUUGUGUUCUAAUCAACAAGAUGCGACAGUUUGUGUUGUCGAGCUUAUUGCUGAUAUUGGUUGUAUUCUGGGGCGUAAGCGAGGCAGCAAUAUUGCGUGGAGUUUUUAAAGAUCCAGCCCAUCCCGGCAAAUGUGUGAUAACGCCCAGUCUGAUCUUGAGCGAAGGUCAAGCAGCUAAACAUCCGACAAUGGACUGUGCCAGAGCUAUAUGUGGCAAGGAUGGACAUGCGCAGAUACACACCUGCGGCACCCAGGGCGUAAUGCCGGGAUGUGAGUUGGGCGCCCGCAAGUAUCCAAGUGCCGACUAUCCCCAGUGCUGUGAACGGCAUGUAAUAUGCAAGCCAUAAAUAUGAGCAAUUCAUAAAGUAUAAUGAACAACAAA